UUAACUUUUUACCGCGAAACAGAAAGCGGACGCCGGGUCUCCACCUGUCAAAACCAGUGCAACGGGCACCAAAUUGCAAUAAGUUUACAUUUUACGAAAAAAAUGAGUGCAGCAGACACCCCGAUUGUGUCCAAAUCCAAAACAUUGGAUAAUAGCGGAGACUUCAAGACGCCGACUAGAAAGAGGACCUCUGACAAGCUAAAUGCGAGCUUCGAGCGCACUCCAAUUCCAAUUCCACCAUCUCCGCUGCUUGAAAAGCUUGGAUUCGGCACAGGUGUCACUGUUUUCAAAAUUAACAGAAAAUUGCCAGAAUCAGGAGUCGCAGCUUCUCCGUGGGCUGUUAAACGGUUGAUGAGCAAGACAAAAACCAACCCAAUUCUUUCAGCCAGAUUGGAAAAAGAGGCCAACAUUCUCCAAAAACUUGACCACCCCAAUAUCGUUGGAUUCAGAAAAUUGCAAAAGCAGAGUGAUGGGCGUUUGUGCUUGGCCAUGGAAGAGGGAGGCUCCUCUUUAAUGGACUUGAUUGAAACAAGAAAAGAAGAGGUCGACAAACCUUUUCCUGCAGAAAUCAUCAUGAGGACUGCAGUCGACAUUGCCAUGGCCCUAUGCUACCUGCACGAGGAACACAAGUUGGUUCACGGAGACAUUAAAAGCCAGAAUAUUUUAAUCAAGGGCGACUUCAAAAUUGCAAAACUUUGCGACUUCGGCACCAGCUUACCCAUUGGAGAGGGUGGUGUUGUGCAAGGGGAAUAUCAUUGCUCAGAGCCUUGGUCUGCUCCAGAGCUUGUCGGCUUCUUUGAAGAGGACGAAGAAAAUGAUUCUGAAAAGAAGGCUAUCACUGACAAGGCAGACAUUUUCUCCUAUGGCCUGGUCCUCUACGAAAUGCUUGCUUUGACCACUCCUCACUUCAACAUAGAAGACAGCAGCAAAAGCUUCAACGAAGACUCAUUUUAUGAUCGACUGGGAACACGCCCUGACCUUCCGGAUAUAGAAUUUGAUUCGAGCUACAAUGAUAUUCUGGGAAUAUUUUACUUGUGCACAGAAAAAGAUCCCGAGAGCCGACCCUCAGCUAAACGUCUUGUGGAAAUCUUAAGUGGGGAGGGACAGUAAUUUAUUUUGCCAACCAUCUUCUUAAUCUUUUUCAGUAUUCUUGUAAAUAAUGUCUCUUUAAUUAUUUAAUUUCAACAGUUCAGUUGCAUUAUUUGGAUUUGGGGAAAGGGAAUGAUUUUAUCUUAGUCGAUAUCAGUUGAUAUAAUAUAGUUCAAUCUAGUUGUAAUGUUGACCUAAAGCAAGCUUUAAGUUUGCUAAGCUUUCAAAAAGAUCUUCAUAUAACGAAAAUUGCAAUUAAAAGAUUGCCGUGGUUGUAUUAUUUGUAGAUAUUAAUUUUAGACUUCAAAUACAGCACAAUUAUGUAAAAUUUCAACUGGAAAGGUAUCUCGUUACAUUACAUGUAUUGGGCAUAAUAUAUUUAAAGAUAUAAUCAUA